AUGCAUCGCACAUACUCCAUGCGCCAGACGCGGGCGCCCACUGCCUCCCAACUCCAGGUCUGCCUAGGCCAUGCUCUCCGUCACAAGUCUGCUGGCGCUUUCGGGCCAGACCUCGCAAAGAAGUUGUCGCAAUUGGUGAAGAUGGAGAAGAAUGUGAUGCGCAGUCUCGAACAAGUGGCCAGAGAGCGCAUGGAGGUUGCUCAACAACUUUCCAUUUGGGGUGAGGCUUGCGACGAGGACGUUUCCGAUGUCACCGACAAGCUCGGCGUUCUGCUUUACGAGAUCGGCGAACUUGAAGACCAAUACGUCGACCGAUAUGAUCAGUACCGUGUGACGAUCAAGAGUAUCCGCAACAUUGAGGCUUCGGUUCAACCAAGCCGAGACCGUAAACAGAAGAUCACCGAUCAGAUUGCCCAGCUCAAGUACAAGGAGCCCAAUUCCCCCAAGAUUGUCGUCCUCGAGCAGGAACUGGUACGCGCCGAAGCCGAGUCGCUUGUUGCGGAAGCCCAGCUGUCCAACAUUACACGUGAAAAGAUUAAGGCUGCGUACACCUACCAGUUCGAUGCUUUGAGAGAACACUGCGAGAAGGUCGCCAUUAUCGCUGGGUACGGCAAGCAUCUGCUUGAGCUCAUUGACGACACACCUGUCACCCCUGGCGAAACUCGUGCGGCCUACGACGGUUAUGAGGCCAGCAAGGCCAUUAUCCAGGAUUGCGAGGAUGCCCUCACCAAUUGGGUGACAUCCCAAGCCGCCGUUUCUUCUAAGCUGUCGACCCGCGCUCGCACUCUAUCAACGCGCCGUAGGAACAACAUUAGGGCGCGUGCUGAGGGAGGUCACGACCUCUCUGGGCAGGACGUCCCAUUGAACGACGAUUCAUCGUGGACUCCGGCACACAACAAGGAGGCGGAUUACACGGAUGAGGAAGAGGAAGAAGACGACAUCCACCACUCCGUUACCGGCACGGACGAUGGUCUGAACGGCGAAACUAGAGGUCGUCAACAUGAGAGCAUUGUGGCAUAA